GUGAAUUUUCACGUGACUGCUGAAAAACCAACCGGACGUAAAGACAAUAGGUUUUUCGAGGUUGAUCCUAUAGACUCAGAAGUUGCUAUCAAAAUCAGCCAAGUCACCAAGGUACAAGGUUUCGGGUGACACCAGAAGUGGUUCCAAUGACAUUUUAUUUAGUGUUCCACGGGCUUAGGCAUUCUACGACAGCACUGGAUAAUAUCGAUCUUGACAUAUACCGAGGAGAGAUCACCAUGUUGUUGGGAGUCAACGGCGCAGGGAAGUCUACUUUGUUGUCUAUUAUUGCAGGCAUGAACUCUCCAACGAGUGGCACCGUUUACGUGAAUGGUUUAGAUACUUCUACACGAAUCCAAGAGAUCAGCAAAGAUGUAGGUUUCUGCCCACAGAAUAAUGUCACCUUUAAUUUUCUCACUGUCAGAGAAAAUAUUAUGUUCUUCGAGAGAUUGCGUGGCAAAGGCAUGGGUACCAGUGCCGAAAUGUAUAUGGAUAAACUCGACCUAACGCCUAAGGCCGACCUCCAUAGUGACCAGAUCGAUGCCGGUCGUAAGAGGUGUCUGCAGGUGGCGUGUGCUCUCGUUGGCGACGCUGAGGUACUGGUAUUGGACGAACCAACCAGCAACAUGGACUCCAAUUUACGUCACGCCUUGUGGGAUUGUUUAUUGCUCCUUCGUGGUGAAAAAACGAUUUUCAUAGCAACUACAGUAAUGGAGGAGGCAGAUGCAUUGGGCGACAGGAUAGCUUUAUUAAGUCACGGAAAAGUCAAGUGCCAUGGAUCGCCAGCUUUUCUGAAAGACGCUAUAGGUGCAGAUUUCAAACUCAACGUAACGAUGAAAACGCAUCGUAAACCAUCAAACGCGCACCAAAUAGUAAAAGUUUUAGAAGAUGUAAUACCUGAUACAACAACCAGUAUGACGCAUUCCAAGCAAGAUCUUAGCAAGCUAUCGAUUUGUUUACCAGCAAAGGCGAGAGAUAUGUUUCCGAAAGUGUUUGACGCCUUAGAAUAUCGAAGACAUGAAUUGGGAAUAUCUUCUAUCAGUGUUGGGGUGUCUAUGGAGGAAGUUUUCUUGAGGUUCGUCGAAGAAGAUGAUUCGGAAAUAGGCAUUUACGAUGAGGAGCAAUUAGAUCAUUAUGAAAAUAUGGACGCGGUUACAAGUUAUACGUUAUGGCUACAGCAAAUGAUCACACUCAUGGGUAGAACUUGGGCAUUCGUUCGGACAAACAAAGUCAAAUUUCUUAUAUUGGAAGUUCGUGAUGUGUACGGCUACAGUAUAGAGAGUAAAAGGACAGUUAUCUACUACCCCAACCCCUCACACCGUACAUUAUCAAGAGCUAUGAACACAUUUAGUAACAUAUAUAUGUCGCUAAUUAUGCCAUAUGCACCCGAUUACGGUAUCAACGUGAGCCACGUUCCGCUAAAAGAAAUAUUAAGAAAUGAUCAUGGACACUGGGAACCAAAGAAAGUAUUCUUGUGUAAUGCAUGGGCCACGUGGGUUUCAUUCUUAAUAACAACAACUCUGCCACAUUUUAUUCUUCUCGCCGUUCAAGAGUAUUAUACUGGAGUGCGAUUUCGCCACAUGACAGCUGGUUGUUCGUCAUUCAUCAUUUGGUAUUCAAAAAUGGCAAUCCAUUUGUCAAUUUACAGUCUUGUGAUACCCCCUUCAUUGCUUUUCGCUGCUAGAGUUCUGGAUGCUGAUGAAACUAUAAGUCGGCCAGACUUUUUAGGUGCAAUUUUUAUAUUCCUGCUGGCGUUCGGUCCAGCAUGCCUGAUGCAUCUGUAUGCGUUGAGCUUCUUGCUCAAUCCAGAGCAUAUUAUUGCACAAAUCAACAUAAUGACGCUAUUUUUAAUGACACAAGCCAAGGGAUUGUCGUCUCGCGCACAGCGCACGGGUCGGACAAGCCACAGAGCCGACCACAGUGCAGCCCGCUCCGCCCACGAGAUUUUGCCACUACCCAACUUCCGGCUAUCUUUCUUCUCCGGUCUUCCUCCGGCCUCCCACAAGCGGGUCUCACCGGAGGGGUUCGGAGGGGGGAUAGUUGCCAGGAACGCGGGUUACGACCGCGCCGCGCGUGACACCCCCCGCAUGCCACCAUGCCGCCGCCCCGCCUGUGCCACAGACGGGGCAGCCGACGCGUCCAAAGCGCCUGAGGCGGCUGAGAAUCCGCGUAUUCUCCUGCACCACCGUGAGCACCCGCAUCAACCCUUUUUUUUACGGGAGGGAAAUCUUUAUAGAUACCCCUGA